AUGCCCGUGCUGCCGGGGUACAAGGUAAUCCUCCUCGGCGAGGGACGCGUGGGAAAGACGUCGUUGGUGUCGCGCUUCAUGCACGGUGCCUUCGACGAGAACCAGAGCAGCACCAUUCAGGCAAGCAUGCACACGAGCGCCGACGUGCCGCUGCUGGACGGCAGCGGGGCCACGGUGAACCUCAAUGUGUGGGACACGGCUGGGCAAGAGCGGUUUCACGCGCUCGGCCCCAUUUACUACCGCAACGCCGACGGGGCGCUGCUGGUGUACGACAUCACGGACGCCGACACCCUCGAGAAGGUGCGGCUGUGGAUUCGCGAGCUCCGUGCCGUCGUGGGGAACAGCAUUCAGCUGGUCAUCUGCGGCAACAAGGCGGACCGAGAGGAGGACCGUGACCUUGACAGGGAGACGGCGGUGGCGUUUGCGAAGGCGCAGGGCGCCUUGCACUUUGACACGAGCGCGAAAACCGGCGAGAACGUGGCGGAGGCGUUUCAGGCUUUGGCGACGGCCAUAGCGACAGCGACGGCGCCUGCGGGGCGUGGCGGUAGCGGCGGCGCGGCGGCAGCGGCGGGCCACCGCAAGCGCCGCGGCCUCCUUCGAAUUGAGGACGAGUUGCAGGAGGAGCAGGCGGACAUUCGCGGCCAGACGGCCGCCGCGGGGAGGGGCGGCGUGGAUGCCCUGCCCGCGCCGCGUGGGGCGCCAGGCACCGCCGCCCUCUCGAGCGCGGACUUUGCGUACGCCGACGCCCGCCGGCCGCGCGCGCAGGGGCCUGCACCGGUGAGUUUGCGCGCGGCGGCAACCCCCACCGCGGGGCGGCCGUCCGGGGCGCGCGGCUGCUGCCGCUGA